AUGUCCGAGUUCAUCGGUUAUGUCGGAACCCUUCACGACAUCAACUCUGACAAGUCGACUGUUGCUCUUGAAAACGUCGUAUCGUUUGGCACCGAGGGCAGACGAAGUAAUCCAGAGGAUGAAGUUGGCCCCUCAGACACGGUGUACGACUAUAUUGUCUUCAGAGGCAGCGACGUGAAAGAUUUGCGGAUUGAAGAGCCUCCGAAGGAGAACAAACCGCCACCUGUCCCCAAUGAUCCUGCCAUCUUAGGUAGUGGUUCUCGGCCAUCCCCGGCGCCGCAGCACCCUAUCCAGCCACAACAAGAAAGGCAAACUCAACCCCCACCGUUCCAGCAGCAACCUCCUUUCCCGUACUAUUACCCUCCGUUGCCUGGACAGAGAUUUGGACCGGGCGCUCCUCAGGCGGGCUUUCCUCCAGGGCCGGGCUUCCCUGGCAUGCCCUAUGGCGCCCCUCCUGGUUGGUAUCCUCCACCCGGACAGGGCUUUCCUCAAGCUCCAGGACCAUUUCCGCCUGGACAAGGUCCCGUUGGUCCUCAAGGCCAGCGACCUUUGCCAGAGACUCAGCCGCAGCCUCAAGCGCAAGGCUCUCAAUCGUCACCUGAGCAGCCAAGUCAGGCUCCUGCAGGCAGCACGGGUCUUAGCAAUGAUGUGAAGGCUCUGCAAGACCAAAGUUCCAGCGCGCAGGCAAAGCCUUCGAUUUCUGAUGUUGCACGUGGUGUAACUUCCACUGGACCACCUCCACCUUUGGAGUCGAAGCCUGACGUUGCCACUGCCCUUGCAUCACCCAACGCAGCUAACAAACACCUUGCUGCCUCUUCCAAGCCUACCUCCGACGCCUUUAGGAAUGGAAGAAUAGUGCCGGCCGUGCCUUUGCAAGCUGGCGCUGCCAAAGGCCCCUCAUCUGGCGGUCCUGCUUCCGUCUCUCCAUACAAUGUUCUGCCGCAGCCCGGCCCGGGUGCAGAGGCAGCUCUGGCACACGGUCACUCUCAACCUAGUUCUGGCAUGAAGCAGGUAGCGUCAGAUGUUCCUGUCCCUGUGACUUCGUAUAAUGUCCUACCACAGCCGUUGGCGAAACCUGGGCACCCAACUUCCAAUGCUGCGUUGGAGUAUCAGAAUGCCACAAAAGCUGCGACUGCCGCUGUUGCAGCGGCGAUGGCUAAAUUGCCCCCGGCUCCCGGUCAAAAGCAGCCGCAGCCAACUGACGGUGCUGUUGAUAAUCUAACUAGGAGAGUUCAAGAAAUGAGGACUUCAGACGCUGCCCGAAACCAACGCCAGGCGAACUUUGGAGUUAGUCACCGGGGCGGUGCCCGUGGCGGACGCCACCAUGGUCCUCAUGGGCACAAGAUUGAGGUUCCGACUACUGAUUAUGACUUUGCCUCAGCAAACGCCAAAUUCAACAAACAGGAUCUGGUGAAGGAGGCUAUUGCAACGGGCUCGCCGUCGGGCACACCUGGCGAGUCGACACACGCGAAUGGUGUUGGGGAGGAUCCCUUCGAACACGCUGCUCCAAGCGCGGAAAGCACUUCUGCUUCCACUGUCUCUUACAACAGAACUAGUUCGUUUUUCGACAACAUCUCUAGUGAAAGCAGGGACCGAGAAGAAGCCUCUGGCAAACGCCUUGGUGGUCGUGAAUGGAGAGGAGAGGAGAUGAAGAAGAACAUGGAGACCUUCGGCCAAGGUAGCGUCGACAGUGGCUACCGCGGAGGAUAUCGAGGCAGGGGAAGAGGCAGAGGUACCGGAAGAGGGAGAGGGGGUUUCCAAAGUUAUCGCGGCAACAGAGGUAACCAGAGAGGCGGUCGGGUCAAUCCAGCUGCAAUUAACACCACAGUGGCCGCUGACUUCUAG